CCGCCCUAACAUCAAUCACACUCCUAAGCAGCCUAGGACUCACACCUCCCAAAGUCAAACGGAAACCUCAAGGCCAUUUCCUCGAACACAUCGCCGCCACCAUGGCCACCUCCGCCCUCGCCGCCACCUCCGCCACCGCGGCCGCAGGCACGCGCCUCCUCCUCUCGCGCUCCUCCUCCUCCUCCCUCUCCUUCGCCUCCCGCCGCCUCGCGGCCGCGGGCCCCCUCCGGGCCGGGUUCCUCGGCGCGCCAAGGAGGGCCGCCUCCUCCGCAUCCGCGCCCCCCGCCGCGGCCGCCACCAUCGCGGUCGGGGACCGGCUCCCGGACGCGACGCUCUCCUACUUCGACUCCCCCGACGGCGAGCUGAAGACGGUGACGGUCCGCGACCUCACCGCGGGGAAGAAGGUGGUGCUGUUCGCCGUCCCGGGCGCGUUCACGCCGACCUGCACCCAGAAGCACCUCCCAGGGUUCGUGGCCAAGGCCGGGGAGCUCCGCGCCAAAGGGAUCGAUACCGUGGCCUGCGUCUCCGUCAACGACGCCUUCGUGAUGCGCGCGUGGAAGGAGAGCCUCGGCGUCGGUGACGAGGUGCUGCUGCUCUCGGACGGGAACGGGGAGCUCGCACGCGCCAUGGGCGUGGAGCUCGACCUCUCGGACAAGCCCGUGGGGCUCGGCGUGCGGUCCCGGCGCUACGCGCUGCUGGCGGACGAUGGCGUCGUCAAGGUGCUCAACCUCGAGGAGGGCGGCGCGUUCACCAACAGCAGCGCCGAGGACAUGCUCCAGGCGCUCUGAAUUGUGGCCCUCGCGCGCCAUGGCUCUCCCUUGGUUCGUCUCCCUUCCUUCAGAUGUUAGUUUUUUUUCCUGAAUAAUCGCUGCUGCCGUCACUGUGGUGGUGAUUGGUGAUGAAUAGCGAGCUCUGUUACUAGUGCGCUGCAGUGCAGUGUUGAGUUGUUAUCUUGAUGCGAAGUUUCUAGCGAACAAGCCGGUAUAAAGAAACCUUCUGGUGGCAGAAGGUUAGCAA